AUUCUCUUGUGAGAAAAACAAAACUUCCAUAAUAGAAAGGAUGUAGAAACUUCAUGAGACUAUAUGAUGACAUUUUUAUUCAGUUCCUGCUUUGGAAUCGAACAGAACUUACACGAAGACGACAGCGCGCAAGUUAAAGAUGUUUUUUCUUUCGCUGCUCGUCUCCUGCUUGCCACAAGGGGGCGACACAUCUCCAAUAAGUUGCUACAACGAUCAAGGAGAAGCGACGGACUGGUUCUACAUGUACAAAUUGCCGACUGAACACGGGAGUAAAUCCCCCGACCGGGGUCUGAAAUAUUUAUUGAUGGACAAGGGCAGUGCAGGCUGGAGCAACGGGAAGGGGACGGUGAACGACACCACAGGGGCACUGGGCAGGACGCUGGGACAACUGUACUCGCAGGGAAAGAGCACAGAAACAGCCUACAUCCUUUAUAACGACGAGAAGCCACCAGGGGGCGACAGAGACAACCGUGGAGGCAGAAGAGGACACACGAAAGGUGUGGUCCUACUGGAUGACAAUCAAGGCUUCUGGUUGGUCCACAGCACCCCGCUCUUCCCUCCUGUGCGUGGGGCGGGGCAAUACCGGUAUCCGGACAGCGGCGUAAAGAACGGACAAAACUUCCUUUGCGUGACUUUCCCACUGGAGCGUUUCCAGACUAUUGGAGAGCAGCUCCAGAUCAAUGAGCCUAUGGUGUAUGACUGCGAUGUCCCACAAUCCUUUGCUUCUUCUGCGCCAGCUCUGGGCGCCGUGUGCAAUAAAAAACUCAUCAAAGCUGCGUCCAGUCGCAGCGUGACGCUAACAUCCAAGGGCGGCACCGACUUCAUCAGCUUCGCCAAAGGAGCCGCUUUUAACGACGACUUGUACCACUCCUGGGUGGCCCCCACCCUUCAGUCUGACCUCCUGGUCCAGUUCUGGACCAACACCAUGGGAAUCCUGCCCUCCAACUGCGAGCGAGGCUGGAAGGUUCUGGACAUCUGGCGCAUUUUACCCGAAGGUACGUUCAGCUUCAAGAGCAGCAAGGACCACUCCAAGUGGGCCGUCAGCCCCGGGGCGGCGGCAGGGUGGGUGUGCGUGGGCGACAUCAACCGCAAUAAGGCGGAGGAGAAGCGAGGCGGCGGCACGGUGUGUCAGCGGGAUGCCGCUGUGUGGAAAGCGUACCGGAAGGCGGCGCUGGAGUGUCAGUCAUGCGGGGGCGGAGCCAUGACGUGUUGACUCGCAGGAUGGAGUCCAAGAGUCCAACUCCAACUAAUGAAUAUCACGGGCAAUUUUCAUGUUUUUUUUAACAUUAAAAAACAUUAAAAACUUUCUUUAUUAUAGUUAUUAAAAAAAUGAAGGAAAAAAAUUAUGCCCCCCCCCUUCACAUUAAAAAGAUUUAAUUGUAUUUAAUCAUACA